AUAUUCAAUUCUUCAGUGCUCUAUGUGUUUGACAGUUCCGGCAAAACGUAACCUCAUGUAAACAAAGUUUGAUUUGAUUGCAAAUAUUUUAUUGUGGCUUAAUAUUUUUUUAAUAUUUUGGCUUGCUGAUUUUUAUAAAAAAAAAAAAUGGCUGAAAAACCAAAGACAAGUGGUGGAAAUGAUGGCAAGGAAAAACGGCGCAAAGAAUCUAUCUUGGAUCUUUCCAAAUAUUUGGAAAAGCAGAUUCGCGUCAAAUUUGCUGGUGGUCGAGAAGCGGCAGGCAUAUUAAAGGGUUAUGAUGCACUACUUAAUCUAGUUCUAGACAAUACCGUUGAGUACCUAAGGGAUGCUGACGAACCGUUUAAGUUGGCGGAAGAGACCCGAAGUUUAGGGUUAGUAGUGUGUCGAGGCACUGCAUUAGUGCUAAUUUGCCCACAAGAUGGUAUGGAAUCCAUACCCAAUCCAUUUAUAACUCAAGAUGCGUAACUUCGAAACCAAGUUUGAGUACCUCUAUUUGAAAUUAUAUAUGUUUGCAAACGUGCAAGUACAUAAACAUAAUGAAAAUUUUAUUUUAAAAAAUAUGGUUAAGUUCUUAUUUAAUGAAUUAUAAACGUAUAUGAACCAUAAAAAUAUUAAUAAUUUAAACUUUAUAAUACUAAAUGUAUGUAAUGUUUCAUAAAUAAUAAAUUAUGGCGAGAAAAAAGCUAUUACUCUAAACCGAA